UAAUGCAUCUUAUAACUAUUAGGGAAGAGUCUUAGAGUCAUGUCUCAUUCUUUUGCGAAAGAGAAUUUCUUUAUUCAUUAAAGAAUACAACUUUUCAAACAUUUUGGAAAUCUCUCACAAGUUACAGGAUUUUAUUUUUGAAGCCAAACAGGGAUAUAACAAACAGAAACAGCAUUGUUUGGGACCAGGUGAUUCAGUGGUGGCUCAAUUUCUGAUGGAAAAAGAAAAGGGAAUUGUUGAACAGUUAUUUGGGCCGAUGAGUGUGUCUCUUCAUAUCUUUCUGUCGAAAUGUUUCAUUGUCAUAAAACUGGGGAAGGGCUAGAAAGAAAGAAAGAUAAAAGAAAAGGUGUUCACUGUAUUUGCUUUUAAGUUCCAAUUUUGUCAAAAGUAGAAUGCACAGCAAUCAAAUCGCAUGAGUUUUGCUCCUUUGUCACUAGUUGAAACUAAUAUAUGAUUUACGAGUGAUGAGCAAAUUUCUCUAAAAUUUCAGGAUAGCCCUUUGAUUUCUGGUUCUGGAAGCAAGCUGUUGGUGUUGCUUUAAUUGGAUUUUUGUAUAGAGAUUAGAUACAGCUUGAAGUUAUGUCUGCUUAUGGCCAUCAAAUGGAGCAGAUGUAUUCAGCACAGAGUCUCUCAGGUGGUUCUGAGUUGAGGAGGAGCAGUUUUGCGCUGGAAUCAGGAUUCUACAUCACAUCCUUUGCUGCAACCAUCUUUGUUGCUGCAUUAGCUGCUCUUGGGCUUUUAUUAAUUACUUUAUUGAUUUCACUGGCAAUGAUGCUGCAAUCUUGUCAAAGUAGCCAUGCUGGAGUUAUUGAGGUUCAGAAUAUACAUGAUGAGUACAGUUAUUGCAAGGUUUAUUCUCUUCAUGCUAAGCUCAAUAACUUGGAAGGGCAUAAUUUUCCUAACCACUGCAAGGACCUGGCCAUACAGUAUAUCAAGGGAGGUCAAUAUGCUAGAGACUUGGAUUCAACCAAGUCUGUGAUUGAGGAUUACUUCAACAGUGUUAGACCAUCAGAUGAUGGUCUUGAUGUGGUGUUGUUAGACAUAGAUGGCAUCUUUUCACCAAAUCCUCAUUCUUCCAAUUUGUUUCAAAGCAGCAAUAACAAUUGUGUCCUAGAGGCAAAGAAGUUAAAGCGCAUGCUUCUUUUAAGAAUAUACACGAACCUUCAAGCUGGUGGAUGGUCUAUAAUUUUGUUAUCAAGAGAGCAUGGAACACACCAAAAUGUCACCAUCAACCGUCUUGUCUCUGCUGGAUUUAGAAAUUGGUCUUCCUUGGUGAUGAGUUUAGAAGAUGAAGAUUCCACUAAAGGGAAUGAGAAUUUUUCUAGGCAAAGGAAUGUGAUACAGACGAAGGGCUACCGCCUAAAAAGUAUGAUCAGCAGUCAAAUGGAUGCUUUGGCAGUUGUAGAUAGAGAAAUAAGAUUUUUUUGGCUUCCGGACCCUAUAUUUGACGUGUUUGAGCAAGCAAAGGAGAACAUAGGUGCUGGAUAUUAAUUUCAUUAUACACCACAGGAUAAUUGAUUUUUUUUUGUUCAACUAGUUGCAUCUUGCAUUGUUCAUAUUAGGGGGAUGUGUAAUUACAUAUCAUUGUCUGCCAAGGACCAGUGGUAAAUAGAAUUUUACUAAUCAAACAUUGCAUUAUAUGGUUUAGUUAA